AUGUCGGGACAUAAGUAUAUAAGUAAUACUAGUAAUCUCUUUGAAGAUGAAGAUGUGGAUGAUGACACCUUUGUUAAUAGUUUCGCAUCAAGAAGGCCGCCCCCUAAACCUCAGACUCAAACGUCAUCAUACAUCGCAGACUUGGAGAGACAAAGACAAACAAUGUUACUGAAACAAAAGGAAAUCGAACAGCGUACUCUUGAUUCUUCUUCUAGGAGCAUCGGUUUACUUCGCGAAUCGGAGCAAGUCGGAAUUGCAACUGCCGAAGAACUCGCCCGUCAACGUGAACAACUACAAAAUACAAGUAGAAGGUUGGAUGAAAUCAACACUAACUUGACUUACAGCCAGAAACACCUCAAUGGUAUCAAAUCUGUGUUUUAUGGAUUUAAAAAUUACCUCUCAGGUAAAUCUGAUCAAACUCCACCUAAAAGUUUAGCGUCUACAAGUUCUAGUAUAAACCCAAGUCCCAGUAGUAAGUUAGGAGAAACACUUGAUGGUAUUGGUGGUUCUUCACCAGAUGAGCGAUUUAGUAGUCACCCAACUACACGUCUGAGAGGAUUAAACCAGGAACAAACUACAUUAGAACCAAUGUCUGAUACUCAACGUGUAAAUAAAAUGUUAGAUGACAAUUUGGAUGAAAUGGUUCAUCAUAUUUCUAGAUUAAAAGGCUUGGGAAUGGCUCUUGGUGAUGAAAUUGAAACUCAAAACCAUUUAAUAGAUGAGAUUACAGAUAAAGCUGAUACAGCUGACAUAAAAAUUGGUCAUCAAAAUAAACAAAUGAACAAGUUAUUGGGAAAGUAA